AUGUUGCUUAGCCGUUUUCCGUGGACGGCGGUUUCCGCUGCUGCACCAAUUCCACUGCAUUCUUCCAUUAAAGUUUUCACUUCCAUUCCAAAGCAACUCGCCUUCUCCCAUUUAUCCUUCUGCUCCACCUCCAACCUCCAUCUCACUCACCAUCCAGACAAACAUGAACAUGAACCGGAUAAUCGUCGCACGCAGCAUCUGAAACCCGGACUUUAUCUCGUCGGAACACCGAUCGGAAAUCUUGAAGACAUCACAUUCAGGGCUCUUCGAGUGUUAAAACACCCCUGGUAA